UCGUCAUGCAGCUGGUGAUCCGUCGGUAUCGUCCCUCUGACAAAGACACGGCGCUGGCCCUGUUCAGCAUCUGCACCUGUGAGCAAAUCGGCCCAUGUUUCCGCAACGCCAUGACCAGCCCUCUCUACCUGGCCAUCACCCUGGCUCUGUGUGUUGCUGGAUACCUCCUUGGCUCUGUGUUGUGGGCUGUGCUGUUACCUGCAGUCUGGGUGGGCUUCAUCUACUACUGCUCUUAUGAGCUCUAUGACAGCUAUGUCAGAGAGCACCUUCGGACAGACAUGCAGGACAUCCCUGGAAACUAUCUGAGCAGACCAGAUGACUGUUUCUGGGUGGCUGAGGCUGAGGUUGAUGGGAGGCCAGAGGUCCUCGGUACGGGGGCUGUAGUGGUCAAACACAGCGGGAAGGAAAAACAUGGGUGGCUUUGCAGAAUGAUGGUCUCACAGCAGUGCAGACGCCUGGGUCUGGGCCGUAGGUUGGCUCAGACUGGGGUCGACUUCUGCAAGGAACGAGGUUUCUCCAAGGUGGUGCUGGAGACUAGCUCCACCCAGAUGCCUGCUGUGGCCCUGUACAACAAACUGGGGUUCAGCAUUGUGGCCUCACACACCGAAACAGAGGCUCCCUCCUGGAUUGUAUUGUUGGCUAGAGCCACAAUGUUCAGAAUGGAAAAAAAGCUGUAGGCCUAAAGUG